AUGCUUCUCGAUGAGGGAUCACCUUUUCUGGAGCUGAUGCCGUUUGCUGGCAUCGGGGUCAAAGAAUCCAGCCCCGCUGCAAGCCUGAUUGUAGGAAUAGGUCUUGUAUGUGGAAUCAAGGUAAUGCUGAUUGCGAACAUACCCACCAUCGUUGGUGGCGCUCUGAACGAACUCACGGUCCGCAAGCAACAUCGAGCUUCCGAGAUCAGUCUUGAGAAUCGCCUGCCAAUCAUCUUCCUAAACCAGUGUGCGGGAGCAAAUCUGCCCCAACAGUUCCGCGUCUUCCAUCAGAGCGGGAAGCUGUUCCGGGACAUCAUUAGACGUUCUGACGCUGGAUCUCCGACAUGCACCAUCGUCUUUGGCAGCAGCACUGCCGGAGGAGCAUACGAACCUGGUGUGUCCGAGUUCAGCAUCCUUGUUAAGAGCCAGGCGCAGAUGUUCUUAGGAGGCCCGCCGUUGGUACAGAUGGCAACGAGCGAGAUCAGCAGUGCCGAGGAGCUCGGAGGAGCAGAGAUGCACACCACUGUUAGCGGCGUAGGAGAUGCGCUUGCGGCAGAUGAGUUUGACGCCUGCCGUCUGGCUCGGAGCUGGGUUCAAAGCAUCAACAGGGAGAACCUCCACAUCGACCGUGCACUGGAUCACGUCGAGGCUCCCCUCUAUAGCCCCGACAGCAUCCUCGGCCUCAUUCCCGAGAAUGUCAGGAUGCCACUCAAUAUGCCCGAGGUCAUUGCUCGCAUUGUGGAUGGCAGUCGCUUUGAGCCUUUCAAACCUCUGUACGGUACUGGCAUGUUAUGUUGCUGGGCACGCAUUCACGGCCGUCUUGUUGGCAUCAUCGGAAACAUGUCGUCCGUCAUCUUUGUCAACGAAGCCCGCAAGGCCACACAGUUCAUCCACCUCAGCAACGCUUACGGGACGCCUAUUAUCUAUCUACACAACGUCACUGGGUUCAUGGUCGGGAAGAAGAGCGAGUCCGAGGGUAUGAUCAAGGCCGGUUCGCUGCUCAUUGACGCCGUGUCUCGAUCCUCUGUGCCUCAGAUCUCCAUCGUUUGCGGAUCAUCCUACGGAGCUGGCAACUAUGCCAUGUGUGGCCGAUCGUACUCGCCCAGGUUUCUCUUCUCGUGGCCUCACAGCAGAUGCGCCGUCAUGGGUCCAGAGCAGCUCUCAGGUGUCAUGGAGAUCAUUGCUCGACAGGCAGCUGAGCGGUCUGGGAGGGGCAUGGAUGAAGCCAAGUUGGCGGCGAGCACUGCCAAGACGACGGAGCAGAUCGAAACUGAGAGCAAGGCGUACUACACCUCGGCGUGGUGCCUGGAUGACGGAAUAAUUGACCCGAGGGAUACGCGUGACGUUCUCGGCAUGUGUUUGGAGGUGUGCGAGAACUCACCUUACAAGGGUCUUGAGGGCUACAGGGGAGUCUCCAGGCUGUAG